CGAGAUUUGGCUGUAAAGGGAAAACACCAGCUCCAAGCCAAGCUGGAGAACUUAGAGCAGGUCCUAAAGCAUAUGCGAGAGGCUGCUGAACGGCGGCAACAGCUGGAGUUGGAGCAUGAGCAAGCCUUGGCUGUUCUCAACGCCAAACAGCAGGAAAUUGAACUCCUGCAGAAGGCUCAGGUUGAAGCUAAGAAGGAACAUGAAGGAGCAGUUCAAUUGCUAGAGAACACCUUGGACAGCAUGCAGGCCAAGGUCCGAGAGCUAGAGGAGAAAUGCCGGAUGCAGAGCGAGCAGUUUAACCUCUUAUCCAGAGAGCUGGAGAAGUUCCGACAGCAAGCAGGGAAGAUUGAUCUCCUGAGCAGUAACUCGGUGGCAUCCUCAGAUAUCUCUGGUUCUCCCGGUAAAUCUCUAUCCCAGUUAAUGAAUGGAAUAGCCACUUCUAUAGGCAAAGGUCAUGAAAGUCCUUCUGGAAGUCGUUGUGUGAUUUCAGAGUUUAUACGACCCCUUCAAAUAUCUGGAGACAAACCAGAACAAUUGUCUGUCAAACCUACAUUCCUGUCCAAGUCAAGAUCUGGUACCCCAAGAUGCAGAUUUGAUUCAGACAUGGAUAAUGAUCAGAAUUCCAAUACCUCAAAGCAGAGAUAUUCUGGGAAAGUCCAUCUUUGCAUUGCCCGAUAUAGUUAUAACCCUUUUGAUGGACCAAAUGAAAAUCCGGAAGCAGAGCUCCCCCUUACGGCAGGAAAGUACCUUUAUGUGUAUGGAGAUAUGGAUGAAGAUGGCUUUUAUGAAGGGGAACUUCUAGAUGGACAAAGAGGACUAGUCCCUUCAAACUUUGUGGAUUUUGUUCAAGACAAUGAGACCCGAUUAUCAAGCACAUUAAGCAGUGAACAAGAUCAGAAUUUUAUCAACCAUUCAGGUCCUGUUUUGGAAGGAGAUCUCUUGGAGAUAAGUCCACCAAGUCAUGUAGACUCUAGUGUAAUCAGCAAUGGCGCAGGGACUCUGGAUGUGAACAUUGAUGAAAUUGGAGAAGACAUUGUGCCUUAUCCUAGAAAAAUCACCCUUAUUAAACAACUAGCCAAAAGUGUCAUUGUGGGCUGGGAGCCACCGGUAGUGCCACCCGGAUGGGGAACCAUUAGCAGCUACAAUGUUCUGGUUGACAAAGAAGUACGGAUGAACAUAGCCUUGGGAAGCAGAACGAAAGCUCUUAUAGAAAAGCUUAAUAUUUCUACUUGUACAUACAGAAUAUCAAUUCAGAGCAUCACAAACAAGGGUAACUCAGAUGAACUGCAGUGCACUUUGUUAGUUGGGAAGGAUGUUAUAGUGGCCCCCUCUAAUCUUAAAGUGGACAACAUAACCCAGAUUUCUGCUGAGCUGUCCUGGCUCCCUACAAAUAGUAAUUACAGUCAUGUGAUCUUUCUUAAUGAAGAAGAAUUUGACAUUGUCAAGGCUGCUAGCUACAAGUAUCAUUUUUUUAAUUUGAAGCCCAAUAUGGCCUACAAGGUGAAGGUUAUGGCAAAGCCCCAUCAGAUGCCCUGGCAGCUUCCCCUGGAGCAGCGAGAAAAAAAGGAGGCCUUUGUGGAAUUUUCUACAUUGCCAGCAGGUCCUCCAGCUCCACCUCAAGAUGUUACUGUACGGGGUGGGUCCACCCCAGCAACCAUACUGGUGUCCUGGAAACCACCAACUCUGACAGCAACAGGGACCUCCCAUGGGGCCAAUGUUACAGGCUAUGGUGUUUAUGCAAAAGGUCAACGGGUGGCAGAGGUGAUCUUUCCCACAGCAGAGAACACAUUGGUGGAGCUAAUGCGACUAAGGAGUUUGGAAGCCAAGGAAGUUACUGUUAGAACACUGUCUGCACAAGGGGAAUCAGUGGAUUCUUCUGUUGCUGCCAUUCCAUCUGAUCUACUGGUGCCUCCAACCCCUCACCCCAGAACUGCUCCCAAAUCUAAGCCAUUAGCAAGUGCCGGAGCCCCAGAAACCAAAGAAGAACAUUUAGGUCCACAUUUGAAAAUGGAUGAGUCAUGGGAGCAGACUCGUUCGGCAUCCCCUGUUCAUGGACACAUGCUUGAGCCCCCUGCUCCCAACUUCCACAGCCCGCUCCAGGGGAGGAGGUCUCCAUCACCUAACCGAAUACUCCCUCAACCUCAAGGCACGCCUGUCCCAAAUACUGUUGCAAAAGCCAUGGCAAGAGAAGCUGCACAACGAGUUGCAGAAAGCAGUAGGAUGGAGAGGAGGAGUGUUUUUAGUGAAAGGAGUAAUGUAGCCCAGUAUGCCAACUCAGAUGAAGAGGAAGAUGGCUAUGAUUCUCCUAAUGUCAAAAGAAGGGGGGCUUCAGUUGAUGAUUUCCUGAAAGGGUCAGAACUUGGAAAGCAACCUCACUAUUGCCAUGGUGAAGAGUACCAUACAGAGAGCAGCAGAGGUUCUGACUUGUCUGAUAUUAUGGAAGAAGAUGAGGAAGAGCUGUACUCAGAAAUGCAGCUGGAGGAUGGAGGAAGGCGACGAGUCAGCGUGACUUCACACAAUGCACUUAAGGAGUGCGAUAAGACCACUGAAGCCACUUAUUUGGAACAGCCUGACUUUUCACAGCAGAUACAUCACAGUAAAAAGCUUUUCAGUAUUCCAGAAGUAGCUGAAGAGGAUGGUGAAUACUCUGAACUGCUGUACAAGCAGGGUUUAGGUAUGCCCUAUAAAAAGAAUCCCACAAUAGCUAGAGACUCUAGACCACCUAGGCCCUACAAUCAAGAUCAGCAGCACAACUUCUGGUACCCAGCCAAGCACAGAAUUUCAGGCAUGGAGGAUUUUGCUGCAGACGACAAAGGAUGUAAAUAUAGCCGGUCUUUAUCGAGGAGCCCAGACAGUGGACUAGACUGUGGAAGUGAAGAAGAAGAAUCUCGCUUUAAUUUCAGAUAUACUUGUGAUUCAGUUUCUGCCAACGUUGCAUCUAGCUGUUGUGCAGAGACUGCUAACUGUUCGUGCAGGAAAAGCAUGAGGCCAUUGCUUGCUCGCAGGAAAACCUUAACCAGACAAACCAGCAUCGAAGAGGAUUUUGGUGACCUGGGUCCUUCCUUUGUAGAGCCCAGAAGUGAACAGGUCAAGCCCAGUUAUGAGAAAAAGUAUGAGACUCAGAAAUGCACUAGAACAGAUAAUUUGUCUAACGAAGAUGUUCAGGGAGGCUGGAAGACCGACUUAAAAAUGGCUGACUCUAGGGCAGCUGGUCCACUUGCAAAGCCAUCCCACAGAGAUGCAGAAGACUCUCUGCUUUUAGGUAAUCCAUCAUCUGCAGGACGGCCUGAAAGGGUGGAGCAUGCAGGGCGAAGGUCCUCUCAUGGCAGUGCAGUGCCACAAAGGUCUCGACCAAUGUUGGUCCCUUCCAUUGAAAUUACAAUGGACAGUAACAGUGAAGGCGGUCGGUCUCGGUCAGGUAGUGAGGGAAAUAUUUCACCUGUAGAAGAAGAAGCUUAUUAUCGCAGCAUUGGUGGACACAAGAAAUGGCCUCAGCAGCGUACCAUGGCCUCUGAAUCUAGAUACGAUGGCUAUGGUGGUCAUGACCAUCUUUCUCCAGAUAUGUAUGAAGAAUCAGAAACAGAUCCUGGCACAGAAGAUCUUUCUACUCGAAUAUUUGUUGCACUCUUUGACUACGAUCCACUGACAAUGUCCCCAAAUCCUGAUGCUGCGGAAGAGGAGCUGCCAUUUAAAGAAGGACAGAUCAUUAAGGUUUAUGGGGACAAAGAUGCUGAUGGAUUCUACCGUGGAGAAACCUGUACAAGGAUUGGCCUUAUUCCGUGCAAUAUGGUCUCUGAGAUCCAAGCAGAUGACGAAGAGAUGAUGGAUCAGCUCCUAAAACAAGGCUUUCUUCCUUUGAACACACCAGUGGAAAAAAUAGAAAGAAACAGGCGGAGUGGCAGACAGCAUUCUGUGUCCACGCGGAGGAUGGUGGCACUGUACGAUUAUGAUCCCAGAGAAAGCUCUCCCAAUGUUGAUGUAGAGGCAGAGCUGACGUUCUGCACAGGGGACAUCAUUACUGUCUUUGGCGAAAUUGAUGAAGAUGGGUUUUACUAUGGAGAACUUAACGGACAAAAGGGGCUGGUUCCUUCCAACUUCCUUGAAGAAGUGCCUGACGAUGUGGAAGUGUUUCUGUCUGACGCGCCCUUGCGCUACACUCACGAUACACCGAUGCGUACAAAAGCAAAAAGGGUUCCUCCUGAGAAUACAGGUACAUCACGGAGAGCACCAUCCCCCACAGUCCAUCUCCAUUCUGGGUCACCUACGUCACCUAUGGGUUCUGGUAGUCCCGGGAGAGGCAGGGAUAUGUCCUCGAAAAAGAAAAAGGGGCUGCUUUCCAAAGGCAAGAAACUGCUGAAAAAGCUGGGUGCAGUGAAAUGAGUCAUGUUCUCCUGGACAACUUGUAAAGCUUCCAGUCUGUGUAUUUAUUUUUUCUUUAAACGUCAAAACUAGGGCUUUCAUGACUAUGCAGUGCAACUUCCCCAAACCUUUGCGUUUUUAACUCUGACAUCAAUACAAUCAUGGGAAUUGCUUAAUCAAAACAGCAAGAAAAAAAGAAAUGGAUUAGUUGUUGCAAAUAUUUCUUUAAAACAAAAUUGACUAAAAUUUUUGGGGGAUUAAGACCAGAAGAACGUGGUUUUACUUGAAGUCAACUUCACACCUGCAACUCCACUGGAUAAAUCUCAGCCUUUAGUCUCCUUUAACCACGAGUGGGGCAAGAAAACUCUGUUCGUUGACUCCAAGUGCAGAGAGAUCACCCUACUCUAGCUAAUCUUUAUCACUAACAAAAAUGGUCUUGAAACUCCUAGUUUAAUCAGCCUUGAUGUUUUGCCUUAUUAAUGCACAAUGAUUUGUACUGUCUAAUAAAUAUACAGUGUAUAAUUUGUAUGUACUGUGUAUUCAGCUGUCUUCAUCUUCCCUCAAACAUGGUAAUUUAAGAUCAAGUACUCUGUUACUGACACCAUCCACUGUCCGAUGUAACUCCUGGGAGUUUGAAAGUGCUGUGCAAAAUGCUUUUUUUUCCUGGUUUUGCUUCUUUUUUUUUUCUCUUUUUUCUUUUCCAAACCAGACCCCUUGUACUGAUUUCUUUUGUCAACAUUUUCACUAAGCUGAACUCAGAUACACUCUAAGUGAUUCAGAGACUCACCUAGUUCCAACUGUACCACCUCCAGUUUUGGAGCUCCUGCUUCCAUGUUCUAAAUUAGGGGGGAGGAAAAAAAACACAACCCACACUCAAAACCACCACCACAACCACCCUUCAAUCCCCAGUGUUUUCCCCUGUGGAGGUACAGUACUAAGUUAAAGGCAUUUUGAUAUUGCUGACGUCAGAUUGACCGUCGAGUGCACGUCUACAGUAAAAAGUGAAAAACUGUGUUACAUACCCAAGCCGUAGCCAGUAAAAAGGCUGCACCAGGUGAUAAUCAAAUAUCAGCUGCAGUAUUGGCACCUUCAGCAAACCAAUCGUACACACUGAUGGCAGUCAUUGGCUGGUACUAUUUUGUAAUUCUUGUCCAUUUGUAAAUUGUUUUUACUGUUUAUACAUACUUUUCAGACUGCCUUUCUUUUUGUAAUUUCUGGAAGGUUUAUAAAUGAAUGAUCAAAGCUUCCCCAUUGUGUCUUCAGAUAAUAAUGUAAAUUCCUGUAAGAUACCGUGUGCUAGAUUAUCACAGUUCAUUAAAGAAAAUAACUGGCCGAAAUUUGUGGUAAAGUACUGUGUGGGUGUGUGCAUGUGUACAACUGUUGUGUAUUAUAUUUUAUAUAAAUAAAUAAUUUGAUAUUUUGUAGAGUGC